AUGCUUUUCUCUACAGCGACUCGGACAGUUCUUAGAGGCGUCAGCAGCGUGCCGCGCUCUACUUCUGCGUUUUCAAGUCCCUUCAAUAGCCCUUCGGCCCUUCGAAGAUUAUUAUCGUCAUUGGCUAUUCUAGAACAGCGCGAUGGAAAGCUAAACCACGGUUCUUUGAGUGCGAUUACGGCCGCUAGGAAGCUCGGGGGCUCGAUACAUGGGUUCGUCGCCGGAAGCAAUAUUAAGCCCGUAGCAGAAGAGGCGGCAAAGGUAGAAGGUGUCGAAAAGAUAAUCGCGGUGGAUAACGCUGCUUACGACAAGGGUCUCCCAGAGAACUUUGCGCCGCUAUUAGUCGAGAACAUCAAGAAGGGCGGUUACACGCAUAUCAUAGCAGGACACACCGCAUUCGGAAAGAGUUUAUUACCGCGAGUCGCCGCGCUUCUUGACUCCCAGCAAAUAUCAGACAUAACCGCCAUUGAAAACGAGAACACCUUCGUACGUCCGAUCUACGCUGGCAACGCCAUUGCGACCGUCGAGUCCUCCGACCCCAUUAAGCUUAUUACUAUCCGCGGCACAGCAUUCCCUGCUGCGGAAGCGCAAGGUGGCUCCGCGACGAUAGAAGAUGGCGUAGACCCUAACGUGGAAAUCUCUGUAGAAUGGGUUUCUGAAGAUCUGGCCAAAUCCGAUAGGCCAGACUUGGCGACGGCCGGUAAAGUGGUCUCCGGAGGCAGAGGUCUAAAAUCGAAGGAUGAGUUCGACAAGAUCAUGCUCCCGCUCGCGGACUCGUUGGGCGCCGCAGUUGGCGCUUCUCGUGCCGCAGUAGAUAGCGGCUACGCCGACAACAGUUUACAAGUUGGUCAAACUGGUAAGGUCGUUGCUCCUCAGCUAUACCUCGCCGUCGGAAUUUCCGGUGCGAUCCAGCAUCUGGCGGGUAUGAAGGACAGCAAGGUGAUCGCAGCAAUUAACAAAGAUGCCGAGGCACCGAUAUUCCAAGUAGCAGACGUGGGGUUAGUCGGUGAUUUAUUCGAAAAGGUCCCCGAGUUAACGGAGAAGUUGAAGAGCUCGUAA